UUAGGGUUUAUCUACGUGGGUUGUGUACUUGUGUUUGAUANCCUGCGAGGGACGAAGUCGUCAUCUUCAAUACUAAGGCUGCCAUGUUACUGUUGUGCAGAAGGUUGUAAGAACAACAUAGACCAUCCAAGAUCGAAGCCUCUCAAAGACUUUAGAACGCUUCAAACGCAUUACAAGCGGAAGCACGGAGCAAAACCUUUUCGUUGCCGCAAGAAGUGUGAGAAAACGUUUGCUGUGAGAGGCGACUGGAGAACGCAUGAGAAGAAUUGUGGGAAGUUGUGGUUUUGCGUUUGUGGGUCAGAUUUUAAGCAUAAGAGGUCACUUAAGGAUCACGUCAAGGCUUUCGGUGAUGGUCAUGCGGCUCACACUAUAGGUGACCGUGUUGUAUCUAUUGGAGACGCAGAGGAAGACGAUGAGGAGGAGGAAGAAGAUGAUGAUGAAGAAGAAGAUGCUCAUGAAGAAAAUGUUCGUGGAGAGAAGAGCUAUGGGAUUAGAUAUGAACAGUUUCAUCGUUAUGGUCAGAUUUCUGAUGACAAUUACUAA